UAAUUGUUUGAAGCUUUGAGUGAUUCAGAGUGGGUGAUUUCCCUCGAAAAAAAAAAAAUGAUUUUAAGAUUGAACGUCCAUAGAACAACACAGAACGUCGAAUAGUAUUGAAUUAUCUGUGAACACGAAAGCUGAUAAAUAAUUUGAAGAAGUCAUAAAAAUGAGCGAACAGGGCGAAAAAAUAUCUGCAACUGAAACAAAAACCGAUAAAUUAACAGAGAUUAGAAUGCCAGCUAAGUUUGAAGCAAUGAUCAAUACUGCCUUCACUGUCGAUUGUAAAUUUAUUGUUGGUGAAAAUCUUGGACCAGCCCAAGCCAUAUUCGGACAUAAAUUAAUGUUUACCUUAAAUUCUGAAGUUUUCGAAUCAAUGUUGUGCGGGCAUUUUCUGGAAGCCAAAAGUACAGAAAUUCCCCUACCAGACGAUGAUCCGAAAACGUUUCGUAAUUUACGACGUAUUUUGUAUAAUCUACGCGAUUCCCAAACAGAAGUGAACGAGUUAGAUCUCAGCGAUACGAUCAGCUUGUAUAAGAUGUGUGAUAAAUAUAUGUUCAAGGCCAUCUCAAAAUUAUGUGCUGAACAUUUAAAAAGUUUUCUCGAAACAGAUGAUGACAAUCAAUUGGUAAUCAUUUUUGCUGCUGCCAUGGAACUACAUAACUCCCCGCUAUUGGAAGAUGUUAAAACGAAACUAUCUGCUAUUCAAUACGGUCUUUUGCCAAGCCUUAAGGACUUAAAUCCAUUACAGUUUAUGGAAUACCUUGAAUUGUAUACCAAACAAAAUGAAAAGUCGGUACAUCAUUUGGACAUAUUUAAGGCGAUAGAAAACUAUUUAACAGCUAACGAUUUAAUACCCCAAGAAUUGUUGGAUACCGGGGAACGUUUGCAAAAUGCUGCCACAACUAAUCUGUAUGGACAAGAAGCCAUGGUGUCACUAAGCCAGGAACGAUCAUUAGAGUUAUUGCAAAAACUUCUCUCGCACAUUGAUUUUGUUAAAAUCAAAAUUGAAGAUUACCUCACCGGGCCGGGUGUUUCGAAAAUUCUCACAUGGCAACAAAAAUAUAUUAUUUUAUCGCAAAUAUGCAUAGAGCCUAAACCGUCUACGAUUAAGUUGUUUCUAAACUAAAUUAUUUUUAUAUUAAUUGUAUAAUUUUUAUAUAGUUGAAUAAAAUAUUAUGUGUAUACCCUCCA